UCUAAUAUUGAUAUUUUAUUAUACUAAAUGCUAUUUUUAAUAGUUUUACUUUGAGUUAACAAUAACAACACUGGUGUAAUAUUUGAAAUUGUUCUUUGUAUUUGGCUUUGCGCUGCUAAAGUUUGAUAUAAACAUUGAUUUGAUGCAUAACUGAUUUUCACACAGUUGAAACCCAGGCAGUUUGUAACAAUAUCUUCAGUUUCUUCAUAUAUUCUGUACUGUUGUUUGCAAUCCCACUGUAAUAUAAUAUUUAUUCUGAUUUGUUGUUUCCUAUCCCGCACCCACAUCAAACAUUACUGAUUUGCUUACCGGCCAUUUGCUUUCCCAGUCUCGAGCUAGAAACCUCAGGAAUAAUAGCAUUAGUGUUUCCAUCCUCUCAGUGGUACCAAGCAGCACCGCCGGCAUGACAAAGAGCCCAAUUCUUCCCACCGAGGGCUCUCUGAGAAUGAGCAGCCUCUACAACACCACAUGGGCGUAAAAUAUGGCUGCUGCAUAAAAAGGGGACAGAGAGUGAGACAGUAUGUCAUACACACUGACAAUAAACUGUCUGUUCGUGGGCACGAUGAGGUGAAAGAAAGAGAGAAAGGGACUGUUAUGGCUUUUUGAGAUGAUAGAGAUAUGCAAGGAUCUGUCAGACGAGAGGUUGAAUGGUACAGAAAAUCACUCAUCAAAUCCAUCCCUACUGCGGCAGUCUUCUGCUUUUCAGAAAAUAUGAAUUUUAUGAAGUCUGAUAGUUUACGGGAAGAUUUUGAACUCUUCAGACAGUCUCUUGAAAUUGAUUUUGUGCCGUUUAACAUCACUCUUGCACAGAAGAUCGCGCACUGCUUUUUGGAGAGGAUAUUUGGAGGAUAAUUGUCUUGGAGGAAAAUCUUGACGAAACUUCACUCAAUGUACUUGCAAUGCUCAAUUGUGCACUAAGGUCCAGCUCCUGAGAUCCACGGAUCUUGGCCGCCACAGUUUGCUUUAUAUAAAGGAGAUUGGACAUGGCUGGUUUGGCAAGGUAUUGUUGGGGGAGGUUCACUCUGGUCUCAGCAGUACCCAGGUGGUGGUGAAGGAACUAAAGGCCAGUGCUAGUGUGCAGGACCAGAUGCACUUUCUGGAAGAGGCUCGGCCAUACCGGUCUCUCCAGCAUCCGGCUCUAGUGCAAUGCCUCGCUCAGUGCACAGAGGUCACACCCUACUUAGUGGUCAUGGAGUUUUGCCCACUGGGUGAUGUUAAAGGUUACCUGCGCAGCUGCCGGGCAACAGAUUCCAUGACCCCUGACCCCUUACUACUUCAGAGGAUGGCAUGUGAGAUCACUUCAGGCGUGCUUCACCUUCACAAAAACAACUUCACCCAUAGUGAUCUGGCUUUAAGAAACUGCCUGCUAACCUCAGACAUAAAAGUUAAGAUUGGAGACUAUGGACUAGGACACAACAAGUACAAGGAUGACUACUUUGUGACAUCAGACCAGACCUGGGUUCCCUUACGCUGGAUUGCCCCUGAACUGGUUGAUGAGGUUCAUGGUAACUUACUGGUGGUGGACCAAACCAAGGAAAGCAACAUCUGGUCACUCGGUGUAACAAUCUGGGAGCUGUUUGAGUUGGGGAAUCAGCCGUACCGCCAUUAUUCAGACCGACAGGUUCUCAGCUAUGCUGUAAAGGACCAGCAAUUGAAGCUGCCCAAGCCACUUCUUAAGUACCCUCUUUCUGACCGCUGGUAUGAAGUAAUGCAGUUCUGUUGGCUUCAGCCUGAUCAGAGGCCCAAUGCGGAAGAAGUUCAUCUGCUGCUUAGUUACCUAUGUGCCAAAGGAGCCAGUGAGGCAGAGGAAGACUUUGAGAGACGCUGGAACUCCAUGAGACCAAACACAAGCCAUGCUAAUGUCCAUGGAGCCGGUGCACUAGCAAUCGACAUGCCCAUGUCAUCCACCACUUCCUCAUUCCCCCUACUGGAACAGUUCCCCACUGGAGAUGGCUACCAUUCAGAAUCUGGAGAUGACAUCUUAACAGUUACUGAAACCAGCCAUGGCCUCAACUUUGAGUACAAGUGGGAGCAGGCACGGGCUGAACAACACUACCAUUCUUCAUCCACCUCAGGCACUUUGGGUCAAGGCAGUCCCCAUUGUCAGGAGGUCUACUACCCUCCAGGUGGAAUAGUGGGGGGCUGUGCUGUUGAAGGACUCGCCCUAGGGGUUUCUCCUUCAUAUUAUGAGUCCAAACAAAUACACACCCCUGGUGUGGUACCAGUCCUGAGUGCUCACAGUCCAUCAGUGAGUACUGAGUACUACAUUCGCAUCGAGGAGCCAGUACAAAGCAAUAUUGAUAUGAACUUCACCCUGUGUGCUUAUAGCCCAGAGUUUGGGGGCAGCAAUGGAAGCUUUCUAACAGGUAGUGGAGACUCUAGGGAGUGUAUGAACUGUCCCCCAGAAGCUAAACCUGACAUUUAUUGGUCAGCGGAUAUCCACAAAAGCAGUGCCUAUGAUUCCGACACCAGUCCUGCUAUGUCUCUAACUAUGGAGCCUCUUUUGGGCCAUGGUAGCCCUCUUAGAGCAUGGGAGACUGGUCACUAUGUCUCAUACAAAGACAGGGACGGAGGUUACUACUAUGAACCAUCACCUCCUAAGAUCAUGGACCACUACCUGAUACGAGACCCAGCAGAGCCUCCAGAAGAGAGCUGGGGGUCCCGAAGCUUAAGACAGGCACUUGGGGAACUGGAGGAGCCUUUAGGUGUCUCACCAUCACUUGGAAGUCCUCCACAAGACUAUGCUGAUCCUUACUUGGAGAACAUUCAAGGCUCCAUUAUAGGAAAGAACGUUACAGGAGGAUAUUAUGAUAUGAUGGGCCCUUUGAGGAAGACUAUGCCAGGUAGCCACUCAGUUUGUAUUGACAUGGCAUCAGGUGGUGCUAUAUUUGUAGGACGAGAUGACAGCGACUCUGAGGAAGAGGAAGACAUAUUUGUGGAAAGGCGAGCAAGAAGCUGGUCCACCAGCAAUCCAGCAAAUACAAACACAAGGACCUUGCGUCAAAGGCAGGGGUCUUGUAUCCAAGAUUCAUAUGCAGAUUUCCACUACACUAUGCCGAUGACUGAUGUUGAAGAUACAUGGCCAGAAGAGCAGACCCUGCCGUACCAUAUGGCCAAACCGGUUGACUUCUUAGAGGCAACAGUCAAAAGCAACACUUGCCUGGUGCAUGGAAGACAUGUACCUUCAAACCCUUCACCUGAGUGCAGCUCGUAUAUCCAUAUGUGCCAUGAACCCAGAGAGGCUGAAGUAUAUCCCGUGCCAUGUUGUCAAGCUUUGAGCAGUUCACAUUUUGUAGAUCCUCUAACAGGAACACUUGUGAGGAACUGCUUCAUGAUUGACUGCAUUCCAGGGAAACCCAUGACAUUGCCCAAAAAAGACCAACAUCUAGGCCAAGCACCUUUAUCUGCUGGGCAUAUAGUUUCCAAAAUAGAGCCAUCAUGGGAAGGUGCCAAACAGUUUGAUGUCUCACAGCAGUAUGUGGAUAUUGCGGUAGGAGAAACAAACUUGAAGAAAGAAAAAGCUUUGCAUGAAGAUGCAUUUCUAAUGGAUCCCAAAACUGAAAUUAUUGCCAUUACUCCACAAUUGGAGAAAUCCCAAGCAGAGUUACCUAAAUCAGAGCCAGAGUCAGACUUAAGCAAGACAGCGGACAGUGGUGUGGACCAUGGACGCUCUAGUAUCAGUCUGGUGGAGAUUGAUGACUGCAGCGAUGAUGACAUUACUGAUGUAACCUCAGGGAUUUUUGGUGGCUUUACCAUUGAAGUAGAAACUGAUGACUACAUCAAUCCAACAUUCAAGUCCUUACAAAAGCAGGUUGGUACCCCAGACUCCAUGGACUCCAUUGACAUACCAUCUACAGCAUGUUCAUGCGAGACACUCAAUCCUGCCUUCAUCCACCCAUCAAGCUCUCCAAAGACAGUAGACAGUGGAUAUGACACCGAAAACAAUGAAUCUCCAGAGUUUGUCCAAAAGGAACCCCAUGAGCUGCAAGACUCUAAGGUUUUCAUCCAACCCUCGGGAAAAGUGACAUCUGGGUCUAACUUUGAACAAGAGAUUAUAAGGGCAGAGGAUGAGAAGCUAGAGGACAACAUUGAUACUGUAAUGGCAUUGUUAACAUCUGAAAGCAAUGAUGGAGAGCUGAAAGCGCUGAGUGAUAAAACUCCAUACAGAGAUUCAGCCUACUUCUCUGACUAUGAUGUCGGGAAAGAUAAAGAAAGCGAAGAGGACAUCAAUGAACUCGAAGAUCAGAAAGAUGAAAUGGAGGAAAUUAUAGAUAAAGAGGAGCUACUUCCUCUAAAAAAGAAUGCAGAUGAAGAUGAAUAUCUUUUGCCAUCUACAAAGGAAAGUGAAAAAACUCCUGAAAACUCUCAUGAUGUGACUUCAGUUGUUCCAUCAAAGAUCAUUGAAGGUAUGUCUGGUUGUGACACAAUCAGUAGUGUGUCUCUGUCAUCUCCUGAUAAUGAAGUGUCUACCGUAAAAGAUCAUUUUGAUGAUGAUGAAAAUUUUGGUGUAGAUUCAGAUCUUUCUGCAGAGCUUGUACCAUCGGAAUCUGAAGGAUCUAAUUUAGAUGCUUUGCUUGGUCCCGAUGUAAAGCAAGAGCAAUCUUUCAAACAAGUAGGCAGUGAGGAUAGACUCGACCAAGUCACUAGGUCUCUCGACCAAAUCACUUCUGAGGGUGAUGUUGCAAACACCAAUAUUCCAGAGGUCCUUAUUGAUGAGAAUGAAGAGGGCUUAGUCAAAGAUGUGAGCUGUAUCAUUUUGUCCGAAGAGGAAAUAGCAUCUCAGAAGGAAACGGCAGAAAGGAACAGUUCCCCUACACAUGAGGGACUGGAAUCCAGGAGUAAGGACUGUGAAGAAGGAGGACGCAAAAGAAGCUCCACACGUUCUGGCUCUCCUCCCCCUCCACUAGAAGGACGGGUAUCUCCCACAGAUGGAGAGGAGGCAGAUGAGGAAGAUGGCGACUCUGAGGAUAGCGAUGAGUCCGAUGAGGAGCUGCGCACUUACAGUAUUCAGGAUCAGAGUGAAGAAAGCGAAGACGAGAUCUUAACCGUACCUAUCAUUGUUAGCGACUGCAGUGAUGCACACAAACUCAGAAGUCUCCUUAAGAUACCAACGCUGCUCAGUGAUUCACUAUCUGAUGAAAUGGAGAACAAAAAGAAAGUUGUGUCUUUCUUCGAUGACGUCACUGUCUUUCUAUUUGACCAGGAAAGCCCAACCAGAGAGCUGGCAGAUCAAAGUUUUCCCUUGGGUGGAGAGUCAAGCAAAUCAAAUGAAAAGGGUAAAGUACAAAACCAGCUGGAAAAGAUCAAUGCCUCCGAUGACUCUUCUGAUGGAAACAUCUCAGAAGAAAGUGCAGGGUUUGAAUGGGAAGAUGAUUUCCCAUUGUUGCCCCUUACCACAUCUUCUAAGGGGUCUCCACCGGACAUCACUCCAAAGCCGAGCCAAACGAGUGGCAGUACUAAACCUGUGGCACAGGUCUCCCGUUUUACCAUUUCUCCAUCCAGUGUGUCACGUUUCUCCAUCACACAUGUCUCGGAUUCAGAUAUGGAUUCUGCAGGAGGGAGCAGUGAAGAUGGGGAAAGAGAGUGAAUCACCAUACUACUGCCAACACUGGGCAGCACUGACAGACACUUAUUUAUUUUGUUUAUUUUCUUUUUUUUAUUGAAGAGAUCACAAUAAGAAGGAGGUUUUUAUCUCUUUGGAAACUGUUUUGGAUCCCCUCAAAGACAGUGCCUCUUCAUGUCAGCAAACACUUCAGAGCAGCCCUUUCGAAAGGGCUUUCGAAAAAAUUAUGUGGGAAUGACUAAAACAUAAUAGGAAACACAAACUAAAAUUAAGCGUAUUAUAAAUGAAACAGAGUUCGGAUGAAUCUGCUUAGUUUAUAUGGACCUACUGGAAACUGACUGUGACUGUUUACAACAUCAGAUACUGUAUUUUUGGAAAGUGUUAAAAAGACGCUAAAGGUAUCACUGCAUCAAAAAUUGAAUGAGCGAAAUGUAACAAAACUAAACUGAACUGAUUUUUACUGUGAAAUAUCAAUGCAGUGUUGUUUGUCUAUAAAAGGAGGAGUUUUAAAAAAGGAGAGGUUAAGUGUUUUAUGACUAAAAUGAAGUUCACGACACACAGCUGCCUUGUGUUUGUCACCUGCCUGAGAGUAGCAUUGUGUUAUGGUGACAUGGCAUUCUAAAACCACUUUUAUGAUUUUAUUAAUAAUCACGCUAGGAUUAUUAUUAUUAUCGAUUAUCUUUCUUCAUGAUUUGAAUGCUUAGUGUUUUAGAUAAUUUUGUUAUUUAUUUACUUAUUCGGUGCUUCAAUUUAAAUCAGUUUGCACGAGACAAAUGAUUUGUCAUUUUUUGCUAUUUCCCUGUUCAUAGCAGAAAUCAUGUUUCACAGUUUCACUUUGAAUAUCUGCAGUUAAAUCCAUAAAAUAAUAACAAAAAAUAAGUCCUUUUUUAAUAGUGAAGUUUUAACAUGCAGUAGAAAAGUAGAAAAACUCAAAAUAAUCUCAAAAAUAAAUAUUAAACCAUAUGUAAUUGACAACCUAUUAUGUAAUGGAGGAUUUGAUGAUUUGACAUGUAUUUAAUGAUGUAUUUAGGGUGACUACUGGUGAAGAGGGACACUUAAAUUCAAGCAUCAUCAUUAAUAUAUUGUAGCCAUUUGGAUCAUAUUAUAAAAAAUGAUUACAAAUUAUCAGAAAGUGUUCCAGUUUACCUGUAUUCACCCUAUUAAAUGAUGCUGUACAUGCUUGCUACCUGUAAAGAUUGAAGCUGGGUUGUAUUAUGAUCAGGGUGUUAAUCAUAUACUUAAGAGUGUUAUUUAUUAGUCAACAUGUUUUAUAUUUCCUUGAACUUUGAAGAACAGAUCAUUGCUUUUCAGCAUUGCAAGCUGGAACACGUCAUGUCUAGCUGUUGGACUUGACUAAUAGGAACAAUUUAAACUGCUGAACAAAAUGGACUUAUGAUAUUGUGAUUUUUUUUUCUCGUAUGGUUGGGAAACAACAAAUUGGACGAGAUCAAGGAGGACGAGCCUGUGGAUGUGACUGGGAUCUGUGUACAGUAUGGAGGGACUCGAUGCUACCUGCACACUUCUGUGCUUAGAACCAAGCAUAAAUCUCAGUACGCUAUUCUGGAUAUGUUCUGUUCGUUUGCCUAUGAAGGCGUUUAUGUAAUCGUCUCGCUUAGAUUGAACUAGACAACAGUCUGUACUAUUUUUGUAAUUGAUUCAACAAUUUUAAACUGCUGAAAGAUCAAAUGGGCACUUGGGAGGUAAAGGGAAAAGAUGUGUUUUCUGCCAAAGAAAUGGAUCAGUUGAUGUGGCACAAGCCGGAUUUGCGUCCCGUAAAUUGUUCUGAUUGCAGAUUCACAGAUUUUUCUUGGGGAAUUUGCUCUUAUGAUGGUUUGGAGUUGCAGUAUAAUGUUAAGCGAGAGUGUAUGUAAUUCUGUUUCUCAAAUGUGUCACAAAUUUAGUGAGAAAAAUAAAACGAUUCUGUUUGACGGUU